UGUGCACGUAGCUGAAGAGAUGGCCAGAACAAAGCAGACUGCUCGCAAGUCCACCGGCGGCAAGGCGCCGCGCAAGCAGCUGGCGACCAAAGCUGCUCGCAAGAGCGCUCCCGCCACCGGCGGCGUGAAGAAGCCCCAUCGCUACCGGCCCGGGACCGUCGCCCUGCGCGAGAUCCGCCGCUACCAGAAGUCCACCGAGCUGCUGAUCCGCAAGCUGCCCUUCCAGCGCCUGGUGCGUGAGAUCGCCCAAGAUUUCAAGACGGACUUGCGCUUCCAGAGCUCGGCCGUGAUGGCGCUGCAGGAGGCCAGCGAAGCUUACCUGGUGGGGCUGUUCGAGGACACCAACCUGUGCGCCAUCCACGCCAAGAGGGUGACCAUCAUGCCGAAGGACAUCCAGCUGGCCCGGCGGAUCCGUGGGGAGAGGGCCUAG